AUGUUUCGUCACUGGACCUCUAUUAUCAGCCUGAUACUGCUGUUUUCCACCUUUCUUGUGAAUGCCGGUCAUCCUCUCUGGCAGUUCUCAACUAAAAUUAAGCGUGCUAUUCCGUUUGAUCUGAGCUCGCCAACUACUACAACCUGGCCUGGUGGUAUAGUGUUUUACUGCUGGGAUAGUCAAGCCACGCGGAGGGUAUUCAGUGCUGAUUUACGCCAUGCCAUCAACUUAUGGUAUGUGGCUGGGUUGCCCGAACCUCGUUUUAGGUUCUUCGAGCUUUCUUAUGAGGACUGUAUGAGAGAUCGCGUCAAUUCGCUAGUUAUCCACGGGGUCCCUGGGCCUUACGAGUUCUCGUCAACUAUCGGUAAAUAUGUUGGUCCUAUCAGUCAGUUACUUCCAGGGCCUCUUGCCUUUUUCCCUGAUGAACGUGAACCUGCUGGAUUUGGUGAGCAAAGCCAGGGUAAAACUGUUGAUGAACUUUAUGCUCCGGAUGGGGUCUGUGUUAAUCGACGCGCCGCCCUAGAUCACGGGUGGAAUAUCACUGCCCUAUUUUUCACAAUGGAAGAGCUCAAUUAUCUCCCUCAUAAUCCUCAUGAGUCGCCAGAAAAUGAAAUAGACUGGGACUCGCUUAUGCUCUACCACAGUAAUGUGGCCACUAAACGGAGCGCAACGACGAUUCGUCCCACUAUACGCAAAUUCAAAGGUAGAGAUUUCAAAAUCAGGAUUAAGCGCUCUCCUAGUCCAAGAGAUGUUCGAGCAUUGAUUGGCCUCUACGACGCCUCAGAGCAGCGAACACUUCCGCGUCUUUAUCACGACCCGCGCAGCGAAUAUCAUACCGCAUUCCAGAAUCUGCAGAAUUUUCAAGCAUGCGAUUGGCCUCCGCAGGGAGGUCCCAGUGGUGGUGGGCCCAAUGGUGGCUGA